AAAGGAGAAGUGUUGGAGGCCCCAGUUGUCGAUGGGGCCGCCACGAUCUUUACACUUAUUAACGCGCGCUCCUAUGGACUGUAAAUGAAUAAAGAAGAAGUAAAAAGAAAAGAGACAAUUAUUAAUAGUUAGUAAUGCAUUUCACCCACACCAGUUUAUAGUAGUGGGCAAGGAUAAGACAAGCGGGGCUCCCGCGCGCCAGUGUCGGGAAAUUGUUAGGUAGCGUUAGUACCGCUCGGGCGACCAUUAAGUCUACUGUGCGCGUUCCAUACGUCGCUGGAAACGGUUUUGCGCAGAGUAUCGUGAUGUAACCAAAAAAGCCUCGAAAACCGUGACGUCACCGAAAAACAAGAACAUUCUCUUUUUAUGUCUAUAUUUUCAUUUGCGACAUCUUUGGUCAGCUGAUCACGAUUGUCGCGGGUGUUGUUAUGCAUUCGAACGGAAACGAGCGGAAGUGAUCGUCAUGCGCGGCCAUCUGGUGGUGAAGGACGCGCCCAGCGCGAGAACCGUUGUUAGGGUGCACCAUUCUAGGGCCCAGGAGCGGUUCCGGGUUGUAUGUACCACGCGACAUCAUCAUACCAGCCGUUUUGUCACCGUUUCCGAUGCUUGCGCAGCUCUUCCACCCCUUAGAAAACAUAUUACCACCAUCAGUUUUCCACAAAAGAUGGAUAGACCGCAGGUUUCCUCAAAUAUGACACACCUACACAUUCAGGAGCAAACUUAUAUUCAAGCUCCAACCUACAUGCAAACACAAAACUACUCAACUCCGGCCACAAGUCCGAUUUAUGCCCGAUCUUCUCCAAACGGAUCAGGGUAUAUUUCUGUCCAGCAACCUUUGCACAAAAAAGGAUCGCUGCGAAACGGUGACGUCCACAAAAGACGGGUACAAAAUACUUAUGAGCUUUCCCAAGAUAUAUUGGAUAAACAAAUAGAAUUAUUGGAAAGAAAAUAUGGUGGUGUUAAAGCUCGAACAGCCGCGGUUACCAUUCAACGAGCAUUUAGAAGGUAUACGCUACGUAAGAAAUUUGCGUCGAUUACGGCAAUGGCUAAAGCCGAAAAACGCACCUCCCGACGUAUUCCGAGUAACGGCGACGAUAAUAGGAGCACUAUUGGCGAAGGUCAAUCUGAAGCCGAGUACGCCCGACCGUUUGAUAACGGACAUGAAAAUCUAAUUGUACGUGCUGUGCCCGUGAGGUCGAUGUCGUUACGAGAACGCAGAAAUAUGGAUACAGCCCCAAUACCAAGGAGUCAAUCGGGUACGCCAACAAUUUGUUGGGACAACUAUUCGCCACACGCUCAACAUCCUCAUUAUUAUUCUCCAAUUGAGAUGAAACAACCAAUGAGCUUACAAAAUUCGGCGAAUAGCACACCAUCGGGUAACAAUGGUUACGUUAGAUCAAGAAGCAGCGUUAGCAGUAGGAAGGUACCGCCGGAAGUUCCCAAACGCACCUCCAGCAUCUCUUCGAGGUCGCUGGAGUCACGCUCGCACCGUUCGAAUGGCGGUUUGACAAAAACGACGGAAAACGGGUCACUUUCGAGCGUGCAAAGCUCGGGAAGCGAUAGCAGUAUUUCAGCUGAUCGAGUUCAAUGUGAAUAUUCGCCAAUUUGGAAACGUAAAGGUGGACCACAUCUACCCGAAUACGCUGAACCCACAUUAGAGACUAGUUUAGGAAAUAUAUCUUCCUCUUCAAGUGCAACUUAUGUCCUUGAACGUACCGAACCGCCGACGACAACAAGUUGCAGUAAAAUAUCGGAAACCGUUCGUAAACGACAAUAUCGCGUUGGAUUAAAUUUGUUUAACAAAAAACCCGAACGCGGGAUCACCUAUUUAAUUCGCAAAGGGUUUUUAGAAAACACACCUACGGGCGUGGCACGUUUCUUAAUCUCUCGAAAAGGUCUCAGCAAACAGAUGAUCGGCGAAUACCUGGGGAACCUUCAAAACCCUUUCUGCAUGGCAGUACUAGAAUGUUUCGCUUUAGAACUCGACCUGGCCGGUAUGCAGGUUGAUGUAGCCUUGAGAAAAUUCCAACAGUACUAUCGCAUGCCCGGAGAAGCCCAGAAAAUUGAACGACUCAUGGAAGUCUUUUCGCAACGUUACUGUCAAUGCAAUGUUGAUAUAGUUGCUAGAUUACGAUCGCCAGAUACCAUAUUUGUGCUAGCUUUUGCAAUAAUAAUGCUCAACACCGAUUUACACACACCAAACAUAAAACCGGAACGUCGAAUGAAACUGGAGGAUUUCAUAAAAAAUUUGCGUGGGAUCGAUGAUUGCCAUGAUAUUGACAGCGACAUGUUGACCGGAAUUUAUGAGCGCGUUAAAGCAAACGAGUUUAAGCCGGGUUCGGAUCAUGUGACUCAAGUAAUGAAAGUUCAAGCGACAAUUGUUGGUAAAAAACCGAAUAUGGCGCUUCCACAUCGUCGAUUGGUGUGUUAUUGUCGACUUUACGAGAUUCCAGAUGUUAAUAAAAAGGAACGCCCGGGUGUUCAUCAGCGGGAGGUCUUCCUCUUUAACGAUUUACUCGUUAUUACUAAAAUAUUAAGCAAGAAAAAAUCGUCGGUUACCUAUACUUUUAGAAAUAGUUAUCCGUUAUGUGGGAUGGCUGUUACUUUAUUCGAAGCACAACAUUAUCCAUUUGGUAUACGUUUAUCCCAGCGCGUAGACGAUAAAACAUUAAUAAUAUUUAACGCUCGCAACGAACACGAUAGAAUCAAGUUUGCCGAAGAUUUAAAAGAAUCCGUUUGCGAAAUGGAUGAAAUGGAAAAUCUUCGUAUCGAAGCGGAGUUGGAGAGGCAAAAAUCAAGUCGAGGAAAUCGUUCAGGAACUGAAAAUCGAGAUAGCGGUGUAGCUGAUGUAGAAGUAUGUCCGUGUCAAUAUCCUUACCAACAAAUGCAACAAAACGAAGAGACUUCAGAAACGGUUUCGCACGAAUCUCAAAUAAAACGUUCAGCAUUGAGUAAUUCGUUGUUGGAUAUUCACGAGCAAUUUGCAGGAGAAAAGGCACAACGUCGUGGGAGUGUGGGAUCCUUAGAUAGCGGGAUGUCAGUAUCAUUCCAAUCGACUUCAGCUAGCACAUGUUCGCGUUCAGAUAAAACUAAAGGCGGCAACAAAUCGGUGCAUUAUCAGCAUUCGUCGUUCCUGGGUAAUUUCUUUAAUAAAAAGCAGCAGCAGCAACAACAGCAGCAUCAAAAUCAUCAGCAACAUGGUGGUAGUGGUGGUGGUGCGAUGUCGGCAGCUAAAACAACGGAGGUCUAGAUGGGUUCGACCAAAUUUGUUAUUAUUUUAUUAUUUUUUGGGAGGUAAUUUAUUGAGAUCCUGUUAUUUAUAACCAAAUAUAUUUUGAGCAUUUGUGAGUGUUACCAAAUAAUUAUAACUAUGGCUGUUUCGAAAGCGGUUCACUUUUAAAUAAUCCCCCCUUCUAAAAAGCGAUAGAUCAACAAAAAUAUUGAUCAAGCAUCUCAGAUUACAUAAUUUUUAGAGAACGAUAGUAACAAUGUACUUUUUUAUGUAAUUUAUUUAACGGCAACUUUUUUUUUUAAUUUUAUCUUUCUGGUUCAUUUAAUUUUGGAUUUUGUUCGUAAAAAAUUAGUAAUAGAAAUUGUUGCGUUAUCAUUUUUUUUUUUUUUUAAUUAAUAUAUCAAAUUUCUAUUUGAAUUGCACCGUUCAUGCUCUACUACUUAAUUUAGGUUUAUUUGUAUAUAGAAUUAUUUUGUUAAUUUAAAUGUGGAUUACUUUAAAACAAAAAAAAACAAAAAGCUAAAUCUUCUUUCUAGUCUGAUGUAAAUAAACUAGCAAUUACUAAUUACAAUUAAUAAUAAUUUGAUCUUAAAAAGGCUAUGUGUUUUUUUUUAAUAAGCAAUAAACUUUGGACUCAAACACUA